AUGGCUUUCAUGGCUGCCGCCGAGAUCUCACGUCCCCUGGUUCGACGUUUCUCUGCCCAUCGCCCACAGCAUAAUACACGCGCAGUGCGCGCAGUGGCGCUGUCGUGCAUCGUCUCCGGCGUGGUCCUUCCCUUUGUGCCGCCGGCCCUAGAGAGUUCCCGACAGAGAAAGGCAGGCUCCUCGGACAAGAAAAAGUAUGCCUCCUCAAGCUCUUAG